AUGAUCCCUACUAGCACUGACAUUCAAGAGGCUAGAAUAGAACUUAGAUGGGAACACUAGAUUAAGGUAGCAGUCACCAUAGCUUAAUCUCCCAGCAGGGUUGCUCAACCAAUAAAAAGGAAGAUAAAUAAACUUAAGCAGUAAAUAAGAGGAAAUGAUGAUAUUAAGAGUGUAAUGGAAUCGAAAAAGUCUCUGAUUGAUAAAUAUUAUCCUACACCAAGCAUGAUGCGUGGAGAUAACGCCUAUGAUAACUCAGCAUAAACAAGUCAAAUCCAUUCGAAGUCUAGCAUGACUCGAGUUAAUCCAAAAGUUCGCAAGAUUUUAGUUAAUUAGCAAAACCCUUAUUCUAGGUCGGGGCAGAGUGAAUAAUAAAGUCAGAGCUACUCAAUGAUGAAUACCCCAGGAAAGCGAUCCUAAUUAAAUUCAAACUCCAAAAGAAGAAUUUUAACAAGCAAGACUCUCAUUAAAAAUAUCAACACCAACGGGAAUACUACAAAUAAUGACACUUCAUUAGAUCUAUCAACCAUUCGAAGACAGAAAAAAAUAAGGAUACAGUCCAAGAAUAUAGUAGGCAUUAAUUCAUCAAUGCAGAUUUUAACAACUUAGAAGUAAAAUGAGAAGAUUGCUAUGAUAAAGAAUUAGUCCUAGAGGCAGAGAUAUAAGAAAUUGCUCCAAGAAUUCAACUACCAAAGAGAUCUCAUUAUAUAGGAUUAUCAAAAUUCCAAAAUAAUAGUUUGUGAGUUCUUGAAUAAUCAUAUGAGUACUGAUGCGUAAGUAUAACAAGUCAAGAAUAGUGAAUAAAUUAUGCAAAAAAUAGUGACAUUUAUCAUACUAGGACAGUAUGAUUAAGAAAAGGAUAUUGAUCUCUCUCAACCCAUAAGUUUGAUAGUUGAAAAUAUGAUAUUGAAGAUAAUGGAUCAGAAUCCAAUGGAAAUCAUUGAACUUGACAGAUACAGGGAAACUCCAAAAUUAUUGCUAAAUAACUAGGCUGCAAAAUACAUUUAGAUGAAUCCUAAGUAUCAUAGAAAAGUUGCUUCAUUUCAAAUUUAGUCUUUUAACCAAAACGAUGUUGGAUAGAAUAAUGCAACUCCAAACAGCUAUUCUAACUAACUAAGCAAUCAUUCCCAGUCACCACACAAUUCUUACUCAUAUACAAAUAUGUAUCGUAAUUUGGCCUCUAACUUCAAGCACACCACUGGAGGUGAGGUCGAUCAUUAGAAAAGAUUUCAAAUUCUUAAAAAUUACAUUAAUCGGUAAUAAUCCCUGAAUAGCUAAAUGAAAAAUUUCAAUAAAAAAACUAUACAUUUAACUCACCACUAGGAUGUUAUAGGUGGUAAAUCUAAGUUCAAGAAAAGUAGAGAUAUAUUGCAGGGUCAUGGACAAAACUAGGGCUAGAUUUAGGGCUAAAAUAGAUCACACUUUAAAAAUAGAAGCAAUGUAAAUGUUCUUAGCAAAGUACUUAGCAAUGACAGUGAGAGAAAUAAUGAAAAUAAAGGGGGAACUCUCUUCGAUCAUACUGCUUUUGAUUAAACCAUAUAGAUUAAUAGAACAUUUGAAAGCACGAUGAAGGCACCUAGCUAAGACAAUAAUCUUUUGAAGCUUACUAUGGUGCCUGAUGCAAGCGUCAUGAGACUUAUUAAUAGAUAGGAGUCCCCUAAUAUACUGAGAUAGACUCCAAGCAGGGAUAAGCUUUUAAAAGAUGCUGAACUCAUGAAAAAUUAGAUCCUGAUUGAAAGCAUUAUUAGAGACAGGGAUAGAUAAGUAAUUGAACCAAGGACUGGGGAAAGAAAAGUAUUUUAUAACCACUUUAACAUUUGA